UAAAUUUAUUAAUGUUAAAAGCAACACAUAAUUUGCUUGUUCCUAAUUGGAAAGAAGACGUAGUUUAUUUAGUUAUAUUUCCAAGAACUCAUUCAAUUCCUUCCUCAUCCCCUGCAUCAUUAAAAUUGGAAACAUGGCUUAGAAUGAAUAAUAUUAAAUAUCAGGCAAAUAAAUUUAAUUUUUUUAAAUAA